AUGAACCAGGAAGAUGAAAUAUUGGAGAUGUUUUUCGAUGAGCAGUUUGUUCCUCAGGCUUAUCUAGACAUCUUACUAUCGUCUACAGAGAUACCGUUGAAUGACAUGCAGUCCAUUUCAUGGUCUUUGCUUUCGAGAUUGGAGUAUUAUACUAGAUAUUUAACGAAGGAAUUAGAAAAUACAAUUAAGGUAUUAAAGAAGCCUGCAGAAAUUUUAAGUUAUUCAAAAUUUCAAAGUGAAGGUAACCUUGGGACGACCAAAUUAGAAUAUUAUUUAGACACUUUAGCGAACUCAGUGAAGUCUUUAGAAAGCGAUAUUGUUAAAAUCAAUUCACAGUUGGUUGAAUUGGAUACAAGUUAUGAGCAUAGUGCUGGUAUUGUCGAUAAGCUAAAUAAAUUGAAGUUAACCAAGUCAAGGUUGCUGACAGUUCAAGAUGUAUUCCAGCAGUUGAGGACAAUUAUGACUAUCUCUGUAGAGGAUAAAGAUAUCAAAUUGCAGAAGGUUACCGCCGAGGACUUCAAAGUAGCGUUAGAUACGUUAAAAGAAACGAUAUUAGUGAAACUAACUGAAGAUUCUGGGUCAGACCAAAAAUCCGUUAGUAAUAACUCGGAACUGAUGGCAAAGAUUGAUUCAUUUAUCAGUUUGAAGCCAUUGUUAAAGGGAUUCACAAACUUUUAUCCCGUUUAUCUAGAGUUUGCAAAAGCAGUACAAUCUCAAAAAGAUCAAUAUUUAAGUCAGAGAUUAUUAGAUGAAAGAUUUAUAUAA